AUGUACCGGUUUUGUGUUCGAUCGUGUCCACAUGGCACUGUACUAAUUGCCUCACAUGGCCGAGUUCAUCGGCCAGAAGGCGUUCCGAAUGGUCAAAGUGACGUGUUCUUUUGCUUCUCUUCCCGUCGCCCCAAACAGUUGCAUGUGUUUACCGGAUUCGCCGACCUCCGACUGCCACAUCGCUCCCCGCGCAACAGGUCGGCGCCUCACCCCUACUUUGUGCUGUCGGACAGCGCCAACACAAUGCCCACCGCGAACUUCAACACCAAUUCCAGCCCCACCUCGUUGGCCACAAGCACCAGCAUCGCGUUGCAGAGUACGCCGGUACUUUUGCCGCCAGGCGACAGUCCCUUCACACCGCCGACAUAUCCCGACGCCAACGUCGACAACAACGUGAACGCAAAAGUAGAGGUCGGGAAACGGGACAUGUCGAUGGCCGAAGAGGAGACGGUGGCCCGGUUCCGCCAGGUCCUCGGAGUCAUGCAGCAUCACGACGCAGUCACGGGCACGGAGAAGCAGCAUGUUGCCCGGGACUACAGUCGUCAGAUUGCCGCAGCGUCCACAGACGCCGAGGGUAUGGCUGGACGGGCGGUGCUUCGGCUGACGCCCGAUCUGGCCGGUCUGAUGCAAGACGGGCCGGGCUUCUGCGAUCUGGUCAACAUCAGCAUCUGCCGGUUCACGAGCGGAUCCCUGCCCUACGUGACUUCGGCCGGACACGACGGCCUCUUCAUCAUCGUCUACAAUCCGCUCUCGUGGGCCCUCACCUCGGCUUGGCUCCGUCUCCCGGUCUCGGUGGCCGCGAUGGAUCCCAGUCGAGUAGUAAUUCGGUUACGCGACAUGCGCAUCGCCAAUUCACGAGAUCCAUCGCAGACGAAUGAUCUGUUGCCAUGGCAACUGGCUCCAAUCUCGGCGGUCACGUCAGGCAUUCCGGAACGCCGGACGGCCGAGCAACAGACCAACAUGGAGUUGACCUUCAAUGCGGCUACCGUCAAACUUCCGAUACCGGCAUUCGGCUACACCACACUGCAUCUCUCCAUCCAGGCCAGGGAGGAGAGAGAGAGACUGCGCGAAGCUACGGAUUGGGAGCGUCGGAGCGUCGGCCGAGGCUGGUUGAAACGGGGCCACCGCGACUACGGACAGUCAAAGCGAGAGAGUACGUCGCGAAGUUCGGCCAGCUCCACGAGGUUCCAACAAACACGACCGGAGGGUAGAGGUAAGAGGUCAUCUUUCCCGGCCCCGCAGUGA